AUGUCGAAUCAGAGGCAUACGAAUAUUAGGUACAGGCCGAGUUCCAUGAGAAAUGAGAACACUUUAAAAAUUAACCCUCCUGGUGACCGCAAUAGUUUUUUCUUCAAUCCUUCCAUUCCACCCCCUUCCAUUCAUCUCCCUUUCAUUCAUCCCCCUUUCAUUCCUUCCUCGUUUAUUCAACCUCCGUUCAAUUCAUCUUCGUUUGUUCGACCUUCUUUUGACUACGAACAUACCAGCAACAUUCAAAUGUUUGAAAGAGGAAAUAGACCGUUUAUUCGAGAUAAUAGAUUUUUCCAACCUCAAAACAACCAACUUCAACAUCGACUUCCUUCCAACAAUUCAACCAAUCGUCCCCAAGAAAGAAGCCAUAAUUUCAAUCAACAGAAUCAUACAAUCCAUCGUCCCAAUCAAUCCAAUAACUAUCAUCAACCUGUCAACAAUCACCAACGCAAUCAACACAACCACAACCAUCACGAAGAAUAUGAUCCAAGUAAUCCGUGGAUUGAAAAUAGAUUUCAUCCCUCUGACGCCGUAAAUCAUCAUGCAAACCAACCUCAACACGGUAGUAGGAAAAGGAAAAACGAGGAAGAUGAGAACAACAGAGAUUCUAAAAAAAUAAAUUUUGAUAUGAGCAAACUAACGAACUGUCCCAUUAAUAUCGAUGAUUUGCUAAAAAAUCUGGUCCAAGGCGGUUUGAUCAAAACAAAUUCAGCAAAUAAAGAACAUGUCGAAAAGGGUUCUGAUGAAAAAAAUCAGAAUAACAAAAUAACACCUCCAACCACAAUAACAAAAGAUGAGUCGUCCAACCAGUUUCAAUUGCCGCUAAAAUCUGAGUCUGUGGAUCCAAGUAUUGAACGUAAUUUGAACAAAGGAGUCAUGUGUUGUAUUUGCGGAUUAAGAUUCAGAGAUGACAAUCCGUUUGGGCUGAUAGACGCAGAAGUGACAGUGUCUGCGGAAACGAGAAUGCAAAUCCACAAGCAACAACACUCGAAAGAUUCCAUGAUCAAACCCUCAACCAAAUAUUUGAAAUUAAGUGACUGGCUCAAACUUGACUACAGGAAUGCGUCAAUUGAUUAUGGCGAGCAAGUUGUUGGUGCAACUGAAGAGAGGUGUAAUAAUGAGACAGCAACAAAGGAGCAGAAAGUUGAAAAAGUCAACGAUGAAGAUAAUGAGGAUAAUGAAGAAGCCAGCGAUGAAGAAGAUGAAGAUUAUGACGAGGAAACUAUUAAUCAGAUUAUUAAACUCCAACACAAGAAACCUGCUAAUUUUUGA